GAUCGCGGGGGGGGAAAGCAUUUACAUUAGCAGCGCGUCAUGACGCGUUGUUCUGGACGAUUUGGCACAGAGAGAACGAUUCCUCCGACGCGCUCGCUGCGCGCCGGUUCCUUCCACGACACGUCCGUCUGAUUGUUUCUUUUGUUUUUUUUAUACCGCAGAGGGUUUAAUUCCGUCACUUCGUACCACAUUCUACACCUUGCCGCUUGGAAGUGGGCCAACCUUGUGUCUGGUGUCAAGCUAGCCUGAACAGAUACUUUCAGACAGCUCAUUUCUUCACCUCAUUCCUGAGACCUGACUGCGCCCACCCCUUGUGUAAGCAAUUUAAACCUGAUAGCAGAUCAUCUCUAGCCCGCAAACCGCUUUUAACGUGGGACCAAUUGUUAACUCGCAUAUCUUGGCACGUAUGCACCUACUACUAUAGCCUAUAUAUCCUACGCACUGAAGUACAACGAUGCCUUACUUUUUUAAAGCGCAGUAGUCUUAUGCCGCUUUACUUUCGAUAAAACGCUCUUUUUUGGGGGGGCACAUCGUGAAGUUAAAAACCCGCCGUCCUGUUUUGGGUUGCGUUUUUAUUAGACUAAUGGAACUAUUAAGUACAGGUGCAUACUGCCAUUAACUGUGCGGUAUUAUGAAUUUAUUACCAAGUGGAAUAUUUUUUUAUUUAUCAGUAGCAAUGUGCUGGCUGACCUCCCAUGUCGAUGCGUCUUGGUGGUACAUGGGCACCAUCGGAUCGCAGGUGAUGUGCGACAACAUCCCCGGGCUGGUGAACAAGCAGCGACAGCUGUGCCGGCAGCAUCCCAAAGUCAUGCAGGCCAUCGGGGACGGGAUGAAGGACUGGAUCGCAGAGUGCCAGUACCAGUUUAAAAACCACCGCUGGAACUGCCAGACCAUGGCGAGGGACCACAACCUUUUCGGACGGCUCCUGCUACGCAGCAGCCGGGAGGCGGCCUUCGUGUACGCCGUGUCCUCGGCGGGCGUGGUGCACGCCCUGGCCCGCGCCUGCAGCGGCGGCCAGCUGGACUCCUGCUCCUGCGACCCCACCAAGAAGGGCUCGUCACGGGACGCCCAGGGCGCCUUCGACUGGGGCGGCUGCAGCGACCACGUGGAGCACGCCGUGCGCUUCAGCCAGGCCUUCGUGGACGCCAAGGAGCGGGCAGAGCGGGACGCCCGGGCCCUCAUGAACCUCCACAACAACCGCGCCGGACGCAAGGCGGUGAAGCGCUUCAUGACCCUGGAGUGCAAGUGUCACGGCGUGAGCGGCUCCUGCAGUCUGAGGACGUGCUGGCUGGCCCUGGCCGACUUCCGGCUGACCGGGGACCACCUGCGGAGGCGCUACAGCGGCGCCGUCCAGGUGGCGGUCGACCAGUACGGGGCGGGCUUCACGGCGGCACACGCGCACCUCAAGCGGCCCGGCAAGAACGACCUGGUGUACCUGGAGGACUCGCCGGACUACUGCGUACGCAGCUUUGAGUCAGGGUCCCUCGGGACGGGCGGGCGGGUGUGCAACAGGACGUCCCGUGGCGUGGACAGCUGUGAGGUCAUGUGCUGUGGGCGGGGCUACGACACGUCGCGCGUUAGCCGCACCACCAAGUGUGAGUGCAAGUUCCAUUGGUGCUGCGCCGUGCACUGCCAAGACUGCCACCUGCAGGUCGACCUGCACACCUGCAAGGGGCAGACGUGACCCCGUCCCCAGCCCCAACGCCCAGUUCUGUCAGCCAAUCAGAGCUCUCCUUCAAGAUGAUGACUGGAGCUGGAAUCUUCUUAAAAAAUCCAGUCUUGCGUCUGGUAACUCUGCACACGUGUCAGGUUCUUACGCUUCAUUGUGUGGGGGCGUCACAUAACACACCGAAUAUAUCAGUAUGCUAGCUCCAUGUUUAUUACCGGCAUGGGAGACUGACUAUAAAAAGGCCUCAGGCUUUUGAAAGCGGGACAGGUUUUAAACAGACAGUAAUGAGAUGAUGAUGUGAUGAUGAGUACACCAAGGAUGGAGGAAUUCCAUUGAGAUUGGUCAUCUCUAUUCGUUGUCAGAGGGCAUGUUGAGGUGAACUCUGUCCUUAGUAGAUGGACCCAGUACUCACCCCUCUGCCAGUUCUGCCGCGCCCGACUCACCUUAUUUAAUGUAGAAAUAGAAAUGUGAGUCCUGGUUCUGUAUCGGGUAACGUCGUUACUAUCCAAGCUUCAAAGGUCAAACUAGUUGAGUAUUAAGCAGAGUAUGUAGCGUGUCAAUCUCCUUCUUAUGUUACAUAAUUGCACCUGUUGAUGUUUUGUAUUAACACAUUCAUAUAUACUCUGUAGUUCUGUUCUUCCAAGUCGGUCACUGAAGCACUUACCCUUGUAUCCGGGAGCACUUCUUACAUUUUGGGUUGGGAGAAAAACUUGCAGACAAAGAACAUUAUGAACACCGGACUGAUUUGUGUGUGUGAAGAUCUCAUCCAAGGGGACAUGUUUCUGGACUGUUAUCCAGGACCCUGUUGCGGUGUAGUGCAGAGGGGAGAUAGUGAGCAGUCUGAACAUGUCAUUAGCAGAGGACAGACCAGCGCGCUGCCGAGUUCAUUCACGAUUCCCCUUUCAACUCCCUGUGGGUGUUAGUUUCCCCUUUUCAUGGCUCAGAAGCCAGCAGGAGACCUUGACUACGUUUCAUGUUUGUCAACAGAUGUGUUGGCGGUUUGCGAGCAUGUUGCAUUUCGUGCCACGGUGGCCUGUCCACUCAUAAACACAUCUUAGACACCUGGAACGCAUGUUCUUCUGGUUUCACAACAUCGGAACAAUCCCAAAUUUAAUUUGGAGACCAAAGUGAUUUUUGAGCGGGCAGGAAUUGGUUCGUAACACUGCACAUAUGCAACACUCACUGAAAACACAUGUAUGGAAAUCCCUGAAUCACCCAGGAAGCCAAAUGGUUUCUAAUUACCAAAUAUUGCGAUGGUUUGGCCAAUGCUUAUCAUAAGCAGUGGUACAGAAAACAGAACAAGGGUAUGAAUGGGUGACCGUUCUGAGCGAUGUUUGUUUUAGAAAGCUUGUAAGACUAUCUUUCGUCGUAUGUGGUCUACUGUUGGCCAAUGGCAGUCCCUACUUUGGUUUCAUUGUAUUUAUUUACUCCCAAGUAAUGGGAAAAAUGUGGAUUCCAAACGUAUCCUAAACCUUGUCCAGGCUGCGGGAGCAUUUAAAGGGUUAUGCGAUGCAAUUCUAGUCCUCAGUCAUCUCCUUGCUUACAAAAGCAAAGGGAUUUAAGACCAUAUUUUCCUUUAGACUUGUAACUGCCUGGACGGUCAGGCUUAACCUGCAGUGGGACAUUUAUGAGUCCGGUUCCACUGGCAAAUGGGACUUGAUCAGCUUAAUGAAAUUAGCCCCACAUUAGCCCCACGCAUUAAUUCUGAUCGAAAAACAUUGGGGAGAGAUUGGCUUGAUCAUCAUUAAACACUGCAUUCUGUUGCCUCUUAACAGAAUGAAUUAUUUUUAUGACAUUGUAACAGGAUAGCUGUGAUCAUUGCCUAACCGCUUGAAGUGAGUCAUUCAGAUCACCUGUGCUUAAAGGAUGUAUUCACCAGUAACAAACAGGUUGUGCAUUUCUCAAAAUGGUGAAACCCACAAUACCAUUAGGUAGAUCAAUUACAAUGUGCAUUGUAAUCUCAGUAAUACUGAUUAUUUAACAUUAUGCUCUUAGCCACAGAUUUAUUGUACAAGUGAAAUGUAUGCAUUUUAGCAAAUUAAAUGUAGUUUAACGAACCAGUGACCUAAGUAUUAAAGCCAACACUUCCACCAAUCCUGACCAGACAACCCAAGAGUUCCCUACUAAACACUUUAUUUCCAUCCCAAGAUUCCAGAGACGUGUCAAUCUGCUGCCCUCAACUGGUGAUCCAGCAGAUUACACUCAACGGCCCAAGGGAACAUAACCUUAAAAGAUCCACCGUUUAUGGGCCACCAAUGUGCCUAAUAUCAAUUCACUGCAAUGUAUUUCUCAGGUUGGAUUGUGCUCACCUGAUCAUGAGAGGAUGUCGUCAGGUCUUUAUUCAGUUGGGAGGGAGGUCAGGAUGCUGAGGAUCCCCACCAGUGAAAUCAAGAUUCAGCAAAGGAAAACCUUUAACAGAUCUAUAGACUGAGGUUAUUUGAGCUCUUAAUUCAAACGUUUUCUGGGGCUUUAACACCAGCUCCUGUUGUGGUGUUUUGGGGGGGGGGGGGGGGGGGACACAUUGCACAACAGACCACACAGUAGGCCAGCUGACCCAGAAGAUUCACCCUUGUUGGUUUCGUGUACAAACCUGAUUCAGAAUGACCACGGGCGUUGUAGAAGCUUGCAGUAAAAGUCCUUUAUUGUACUUUUUUGUUUCUUUCCAUGUUUUAAAGAUGGCAAUUCGCUCGCCUCUUUUUGUACAACAAACGGCUUUACAAGAGAUCCACGUCCCCCGAAAUGGCAAACAUAACAAAUAAAAAGUCCAAAACUA